AUGUCAGAGGAACAAAUUCAAGCGCAUUUUGAUGACUUUUAUGAGGACUUUUUCACAGAGCUGUGCAAAUAUGGUGAGGUUGAAGAGAUGCACGUCUGUGAUAACGUUGGCGAUCACUUGAUUGGAAACGUUUAUGCUAGGUUUAGAUAUGAAGAAGAUGCACAGAAAGCUGUGGAUAAUCUAAAUCAAAGAUUUUACGCUGGACGACCAAUUUACGCAGAACUUUCUCCAGUAACGGAUUUUCGAGAAGCAUGUUGUCGUCAGAACGAGAAUGCAGAAUGUACUCGAGGCGGUUUUUGUAAUUUUAUGCAUUUGAAAGAAGUAUCACGUUAUUUAAAAAAGGAGCUGUUUGCUGCUCAACGAAAUUAUUUACGAGAGCAAAGACGCGCCAAUCGAGAAAAAAGUGGUGAAGACGAGUCUCAUCGUUCAAGGAGUAUGUCUUUAGAUCAGACAGUUAUGAUGACUAUCGAUAUGAUUAUUAAUACGGAGUUUAUUCAUUGUCUUAAUGGCUUGCCCGAUUUUUAUAUUAGAGAUAUUAAUGCACCUACAUAUUUAGGACAUUAA